AUGGGGACAGACGGGCCUACGGUCUGCAUGUCUUUUGCCAACAAUUUCUGGGGCAAAGAUGAUGCAGGACUUCAACCAAUGUUGGACCGCGUGCAUGGGUCAAAGAUCACAAACGACGAACUGAAGGUUUUUUACAGCGCUCGAGCCACCAUCGAAGAUGAAUACGCACGGAAACUCCAAGUUCUAUGUCGAAAGGCGCUGGGAUCAUGCGAGACUGGAUCGCUCCGAGCCUCACUCGACGUUGUUCGUGGCGAGACUGAAGCUAUCGCUAAGGCACACGCCGCAAUUGCAGGACAAAUUAAGACGGAAUUGGAGGAGCCACUUGCUGCGUUUGCCAGUGGUAUUAAAGAGCGACGAAAGAUUAUUCAACAGUGCAUUGAGCGCCUACACAAGACCAAAAUGCAACAAACGCAGCUCGUCAACAAAACUCGUGAUCGUUACGAGCAGGACUGUCUCCGGAUCAAGGGCUACCUUGCUCAGGGCCAUAUGGUCAUGGGCCAGGAAGAGCGCAAGAACAAGGCCAAGCUAGAGAAGACCCAGAUCCAGCUGGCAUCAACUAGCCAGGAAUACGAAGCGGCCGUCAAGCAGCUCGAGGAGACAACUGGUCGUUGGAAUAAGGAAUGGAAGUCAGCAUGCGACAAAUUUCAAGAUUUGGAAGAGGAGCGUCUGGACUUCACAAAAAGCAGUCUGUGGACCUACGCAAACAUUGCUUCAACUGUUUGUGUCAGCGACGAUGCCUCAUGCGAGAAAGUCCGUCUCUCUUUGGAAGACUGUGAAGUGGAGAAGGAUAUUAUGUUCUUCAUCAAGGAGCGAGGAACUGGCCAAGAGAUCCCAGAUCCUCCCCGAUUCAUCAACUUCUGCAAGGAUGAUGACUCAAGCUCUGACCUAGAUGAAGCUGAUGGCUACUCGGUAGCCCAAUUCCAACGCACUAUGAACCCUGCAUUCCGCACAUCUUCUCCUCAGCCUUCAACCUUCGAAUCACACCAUGACCCACAGUCAGAGCUCGCGGCUCAAAUAGGACGACCUACUCUUCCAGCCGUGAACAAUGCGCCGCCACCUCAGCAGCAACCGCUACCGUCACAACAGCAGCCACCCCCACAGCAGCAGCCGUUCAUGCCACAGCAGCCUCUCAUGCAACAGCAGCCUCUUAUGCAACAGCAGCCUCUCAUGCAACAGCAGCCUCUCAUGCAACAGCAGCCUCUCAUGCAUCAGCAGCCUCCUCUGCAACCACAACAACAACCGCCGCUACAGGCACAGCCCCAGCAACCUGCACCUCUAGACUUCCGCCGUGGUGGCGCGCCGCCUCCGAACUACGACCCCGAGCAACAUGGAGAGAUCGGAGCUGUUCCCCACAACGCAUACCCCACAGAUGGUAUGACCAUGUUCUGUCGUGCCGGGCCACCCUCAGAACGAAGCUCAGCGACCAGCGCAUAUCGCCCGUCUAGCCAAGACUCUCAGAGCGAAGUUUCGAACUCAACCUCUAUCUCUAGUGUCGAGGAAACACCUACGAAAAAGUCUAUAGUAAAGUCAACAAACAGUGUGCCGAUGACAGCUUCUGGAGAUGACAAAUCACCAAAAAAGAAGAGCGCUUUCUUCAGCAACAGCCCCUUCCGUCGCAAGAGUCGACAUGACAAAGAAAGGCCUGUUGUUUCUUCACAGCAGGGCAUCUCUCCAACGUCGCUCGUUUCACCCAACUCCACGUCUCGUAGUGGUUGGGACUCGCCGACAAAACAAAUCAGUCCGACGAAGCAAAUGAGCCCACCCAAACAAAUCAUCAGCCCGCCCAAGCAAAUGAGCCCACCUAAGCAAGUGAGCCCGCCCAAGCAGAUUAGUGCACCCAAGCAGGCUAGCCCAACCAAACAAGUCAGCCCUGUCAGGCCUUCGGGAGGCCUGCCGGGUCGUGCCUCUGGCAGCCCGGAGCCUGUUGACCCUCGAGCCAACUUCCAGCUCAAUGUGGGGAACAAUGUCUUUGACGUGGCAACCCCAGAAAAGAGCUCACCCCAGAAAGGAUCACAGCCGAAUCAGGCAUCUGAAGAUGACUUGGACCCUAUCGCGCGGGCUCUAGCAGACCUCAAGACGGGCGGCAAGCAGUCAGCCACUCGGGUGUCGGCAGAUAGAUAUCACGGCAUCUCCACACCCACUCCGUCGACAUAUUCUUCGACCUAUGGUGGCAGCAGUGUUAGCGUUGCUACUCCGCCCCCAGCAUACAAUGAUCCCACAGUCAAGCGACUUGGCGCACCUCAACCGGCCUUUACAGCAAAGCAAAUGCACAAGACAACUCAGAAAUAUACUGGUCAAACCCAGAGCAUGCUUCGAGGACAAAACAACAAUAAUAGCAUGGGGUCUAGACAUAGUGGUCAGACCCAAGACAGUAUGGGAUCUAGACAUAGCGGUCAAGAAGCCACCCGAGCUAGAUCGCCAGCACCGAGACGGAGCGUCAGCCCUCAGCCCCGUGUGGAUACUCGGAUGAGCCAGAACAGUGGCAGGGGCCCGAGCCCUACUCCGAGUAGUUACCAGUCUAACAGCAUGCGAAGUCAAUACAGCCGAUCGCCCACUCCUCGGCGUACUCAAGAUCCGUACACUCCAAACGAGUAUGCUCGGAGGCCCUCGCCCGCUGCAAGCCACCGUGCUGUAUCCCCGAACCCCCAGUUCAGGCAGCAAUCUCGUCCUUCUAGCUCUGGUGGCAUGGAGCUGCAGUUGUCUGGAAACCACGAUAUGUACGGUUCCAGCAGUCCCGGUGGAUAUGCUAGCUCAGCUCGAGGAGGCAGCCGCCCCUCAUCGAGUUAUGGUGAGGCUCCUCCGCCUGUUGGCCGAUCUCGGAGCCGUACUAUGGCUGUUGCAGAGCCUGGACGUCAAUUCAGCCGUGACGGCCGCCCAAUCUUGCACUUUGCUCGUGCUAUGUACUCCUACAAUGCCGCCAUCCCUGAAGAGCUCACCUUUGGUAAGGGAGAUGUCCUUGCCGUUCUCCGUCUGCAGGAUGACGGGUGGUGGGAAGCCGAAGUCACCAACGCCCGUGGCCACCCUGGUCUUGUGCCAAGCAAUUAUCUGCAAAUCAUUUAA